CAAUGUCACUUUUUCCGUCAUUUGUAUUUUGUGGUAUGUUUCUGUACCUCCUUUCAAGAGUUGGUCGCUGAUCAAGUUCCCAACUCUCAGCUUCUCUGCUAAUUUUAUUUUGCUUCCUUUCCUUCCAUUAAAAUUUAUCUGAAGUUCACCAAUGAAGUUGAAACAGCAUAAAGUAUGUGAAAUGUAGUUGGUUUUGUUCCACAUAUCAUUAUUGUCAACAGUCUUAAUGAAUCACCAGCAUACAAGGAGACAGGUGAAUUCGGCGAUGGUUCACUGCGUGUUGGAACAUUUGCUACAAGUUAAGAUAAAUCAACCUACUUAUUGAUUAUUGACUAGUAAGCUCGAGAGAAAAUGAACACCUCUUAGUCUUUGGUAUAGCGUAAUUUAGCCGUCAAAGAAAAUAUUUCUUUAGCGUUUUGGUUGUUCAAAUUUUACCGUUUUAUCUAAAAUCUUCACCAAACAGAAGUCUCAGGGAUUUGGUCUAGUUAUAAAUAAGAGUGAUAUAUAAGUUCAGCGCGAGACACAAAAAUUGUUUGAUGUCCGAUUUGGAAAAUUAAGAAAAAAAAAGGCUGCUAAAGCUUCUGGUGUGCACGCAUUCCGAAGAAGGGCGAGGGACGUGCCAAGAUUCAAUGCUUGCUUCAACUUUGGUCGUUGGAACUUGAUAUGAAAGAUCGGUCAAGUUGGAAUGGGCCGUCUUUCUUUGACGAGGUUGAAAUCUGAAUAGUAGUUUUUUAACUUAUAAGUCAAAAACAAGAAGAUUGAGGUGAACUUGCUUGAAAAAGAUGCACUCAACAGUUGUUCUAUUUAUCAUUCUAUGCCUUCUCCAUAUGCCCAUAUCUCUCUGUCAAGAUGAUGCGCGAUUCAGAAGGUGUAGGGAGCCGUUUCGCUGCGGCAACAUGAAUAGAGGUUACCCUUUCUGGGGAGGGAGCAGACCAGAGUACUGUGGUCAUCCAAGUUUUGAGAUCAACUGCGAAAAUAACAUCCCCAAAAUUGUUAUUACAUCAAUCACAUACAGAGUGAUCGCGAUCAACACUCCCAAUCGAAUAGUAACCUUGGCAAGAGAUGAUUUACUGAGUAAUAUUUGUUUGGACAAACCUGAGAACACCUCCUUGGAUUUUAAUCUUUUCCGCUAUGUUUCCAGUGACCAGAGUAUUGCUCUGUAUUACGGCUGCACCCUCCUCUCUGGUUCGCAAACGCCAACUUCUCCAAAUGUGUUCACUUGCAGUAACAACACAUUUGGUGUAUACACCGUGAUUGAGGUUCCUUUCGACUUCUCUAGAGUGAGAUGUGAGCACCAAGUAGUUACUAGGGUCAAUCAAACGAGUGCUGUGGCAUUAGCCAGUGGUACAGCUUCGAAGGAAGUUCUGAGAACAGCCAUUGCUGGCGGUUUUUCAGUAAAUUGGACGGAAAGUACUGAUUCUACGUGCCAACAGUGCGUCAGGUCAGGUGGAAUAUGUGGAUCCAAUCCAGAUACUGCAGCCUUUGCUUGCCAUUGUGUAAAUGGCACUCGUCCAACCGACUGCAACAACGGACAAAACCAAGCUGGCGGUUCAGGAAAAAGGUUUAGCAUUUUGAAGAAAGUUGCAAUAGGUAGCUCAGCUGGUAUCGGAGGGCUGGUCCUAAUAUCAGUUUCAAUGAUCUAUUGCCUCAGAAGUAGAUGGUCGCGCUGUAAGCCACUGAUUUCCUGGAAGAUUGAAUCACAAGAUCGCAAAAUUGAAGAAUUUAUGAGAAACUACGGAUCUCAGGCUCCAAAGCUAUACAGCUAUUUGGAUCUAAAGAAAAUAACAGGCUCAUUUAGCCAUAAAAUAGGACAGGGUGGCUUUGGUCAAGUAUACAGAGGGAAGCUACCUGAUGGUCGCGAAGUAGCUGUAAAGGUCCUGACAGAAACUAAUGGUGACGGAGAAGAAUAUAUAAAUGAGGUAGCCAGUAUAAGUAGAACUUCCCAUGUUAACAUAGUAGGGCUUUUGGGACUUUGUUACCAAAAGCAUAGGAGAGCCUUAAUCUAUGAAUACGUGCCCAAUAGUUCAUUGGACAAAUUUCUCAACAAUGGACCGUCUGGCACAACUUGUCCCUUGGGAUGGACUACGUUAUACAGGAUCGCCAUUGGGAUUGCUCGAGGCUUGGAAUAUUUGCACCGAGGCUGUAAUACAAGAAUAGUGCAUUUUGACAUAAAACCUCACAACAUUCUCUUGGACCAAGAUUUCUGCCCCAAAAUAUCUGACUUUGGCCUCUCUAGAUUGUGCGAGAGAAAGGAGAGCAUUCUAUCAAUGUUGGGUGCCAGGGGAACUGCUGGAUACAUUGCCCCAGAAGUGUUCUCUAGAGCAUUUGGACACGUCUCUCACAAAUCAGAUGUCUACAGCUAUGGCAUGCUGGUUCUAGAGAUGGUUGGAGUGAGAAACAAUGUUGAAGUGAGCCAAACUAGUGAAGUAUACUUUCCACAUUGGAUCUAUGAACAUCUCGAGCUGGGGAAGGACCUAAGUCUACAAGGUAUCAUGAACGAAGAAGAUGAAGAAAUGGCAAGGAAGAUGAUUUUAGUUGGCUUAUGGUGCAUUCAGACCAAGCCUUUAGAUCGACCAGCAAUUGGGAAGGCAGUCGAAAUGCUGGAGGGAAGCCUUCACUCCCUACAAGUUCCACCAAACCCUGUCUCUUUUUUUCCAACAAAAUCCAUCCCUAAGUCGUUUACAUCAACAUCCACAAUGACCUAUGUAGGGAGGUUCACUUCUGGAGUCUUGUGUUCUUCCGAGUAAAAAACAAUUGAUGCUAGUUCGUAGGUAUAUUUUACUCUAAUUCAAACUAACUUGUCAAUCAAUCAGUGCAAUAGUAUCCCGAGGUUGAUCAGCACUGAUAAAGUUUUGGAGCAAUUAGGCUCACUUGAUGCAAGUGGUCAAAGAUAAUUGAGAGGAGGAGGCAGGAUAUCUGGUUCCGUGAAUCACAAAGCUAGCUUCAAGUUGUCUAAGCUGUAAUGUUUGCAAUGAUUUUCUCCAACAUGUGCCUGUUUAUGCGAACAAGGGAUGAGCUCUAACUGCAGUUCCUGUGAGUGUAAUUAUAUUGUAGGUGUAAAUGGUUAUCUGUGCCAUCAAGAGAUGAGGUCGUGACUGAAAAAAUAAAGUAGUCCAUGCCCUUUUUCCCCUGUAUAAUCAAAUGCAACAUUUUGAAGUGAAAAGCUUGUAGUUUUCUACUCAUAUGAGCUUCCAUACUUGUAUAUUAUGCAACAUGUUCAACUGCAGUGGCAGAAGCUCUUGGAUGCAUCAUCGCCCGCGUGUAACUGUUUGCUAAGGAAAUUCGUUCCAUAUUUUCGUCA